AUGUCGGACCAAGAGGAAGGUAUCUCUGGACUUGGCUCCCUGCCAAUUGCCGAGUUAGAUGAUCACCGCCAUCCAAGUCGCUCAAGCCAAGGUGCCGAGAGGCCCAGAAGGGGCACCUUUGACUCGCUCUAUGGCGCUCACCGUCAUGAGCUAGAGGCGGCCCAUGGCGGACAGGAUGGCGAAGCAAACGACAUCCGAGUUCGUGAUUUUGAGGAAGCAAUAAUUGACGGUGGUCCCUCCUUUGACAUGCCCCACGCGGGGCCCUCGAGCCGACGUCCCACUUUCGGAACGGUUCGGACUGCCUCGCCGCCAAACUCAGUGAAGGCUUUCGCCGAGGCACGACGUCGGGAGCACGAGAAUUUGCUGGCGCCCGAAUCGCGGAGUGAUUGGCAAUUGGAUGAUGAGGCACUUCAGCGCACCGCUUCUGUCGCGAGUCGCAGAAGCCUGCGUAGCAGGCCUCGAACUGUUGAUGGAGAUGCCGUGAGCUUUGUCAGCAAUCAGUCUGCCCAGGAAGAUGUGUGUUUUCCUGCCCAGGAACCGGGUCAGAAGGACCAGCUAGAUAUUGAUUUCGAGUAUCUUGAGGACUUCAUAGCGGAUCAGCGCCUCGCUCGAAUUGCAUCCCACAAGGAGGCAGAAGUCAAGGUGUUCCCUGAUCUCCGACCGCAUGGACCUACCGGCUCUGUGAUCUCGAUCCCAGGUACUGCCAUCCCGGGAGAGGCCGACGGUCUCCAUGAGGGGAUCGCAGAGGACAUUGUCGAAGGGAAAGAGGUGGAAUCUCCAUGCGAAACUCCAAAGGCGCACAUGCCCCAUGACCCAAACAGGAUCUGUUUCUUUUCAUCGGCGUGGGAGUCUACUAUUCAUGCCGCUGAACUAGGCGAUCUUGUGCUCCCUGGUGAGGACCUUCGUAAUCUGUUCAUCCUACCGCAGCAGGAUGAGGACGGUGUUUGGUGGCUGAACGUAAACAACCCGUCAAAGGAGGAAGUCGUUGCCAUUUGCAAAGCAUUCGGUGUCCACCCCCUUACGACCGAGGACAUUGCAACCCAGGAGACUCGCGAGAAGAUCGAGCUGUUCCCGUCGUACUACUUCGCCUGCUUCCGCUCCUUCAACACGGUUACCGACGAAGCGGACGGGUAUGAAGAGUACGCCCCAUUCAAUAUCUACGCCAUCGUCUUCAGAGAGGGCACUCUAAGCUUCAGCUUCGCCCCGAACAGCCACGCCUGCAACGUGAGAAAGCGAAUCGCCUUGCUGAAGGAUUUUGUGUCCUUGUCCAGCGACUGGAUUUGCUAUGCUCUAAUUGACGAUAUUGUUGAUAGCUUUGGCCCAGUCAUUCAUCGACUCGAAACGGAGGUAGACUCUAUCGAGGAUUCAGUGUUCAUGAUCAGAGAAGAUGAUUCAAAUGAUUACCUUCGGCGGACUGGCCACGCGAGGAAAAACAUAAUUGCCCUCAUGCGUCUAAUCAGCGGCAAGGCUGAUGUUUUGAAGGGGUUCACCAAACGAUGCAACGAGAACUACAAAGUCACCCCCCGGAUGGACAUCGGCCUCUACCUGGGCGACAUUCAAGAUCACGUCGUUACGAUGAUGACCAAUCUCGGUCACUUCGAAAAGAUGUUGACCCGAGCACACAGCAACUAUCUGACACAGCUGUCAAUCAGCAACAUCCAGCAAGUCACUGAAACAAACGCCUCGCUGAGCAAGAUCACGUUCUUGGCUUCUAUCCUGGUCCCGCUCAAUGUUAUUAGCAGCUCGUUUGGUAUGAACGUCGCUGUGCCCUUCCAAAACACGGAAUCCCUAGCACCCUUCUUCGGCAUUAUUGGUGUCAUGAUUGCGGUCUGCACGGCCUGUUUGAUCUGGGCCAGGAGGCUUCGGUACAUUUAG